GCCCUUCCUUACUUGUUUAAAUUUUGCUUUGAUCAUCAAGGCACUGGAUAUAAUUUGUGCGCUAUAGAAUUACUUCCUAUUACAUAAUGCUCCAGUUACGUCCAGCUCUCUAUAACCGGAUUCUGAAGCCAUUGGUCAAUUGUGCUGUAAUGCAACGCAGUAAUCACAUAGAAACGAAAGUGAAACUUAGCGACGGCAUCACCAUCCAUUAUGUACAAAGGGGCAAAGGUGACAAAAGCUUACUGCUAAUGCCUGGAGCACUUGGCACUGGCUGGACACAUUUGGGACCGCAAAUUGAGAAACUGCCUGAGCUGCUGCCAAACCACACAAUAAUCGCAUGGGAUCCACCCGGUUACGGAAAGUCACAACCGCCCGAGCGUCACUUCGAUCUGGACUUUUUCCAAAACGAUGCACGCUGUGCCGUAGAACUGAUGCGUGCUUUGGGAAGACCCAAAUUUUCUAUACUCGGUUGGAGUGAUGGCGGUAUAACGGGUAUCAUUGUGGCGGGGCGCUUUGUUGAAUGUGUCGAGAAAUUGGUGAUAUGGGGUGCUGGUGCUUAUUUGAAUGCCGAAGAGGAGAAAGCAUUGAAUGCUCUGCGAGAUGUGCAGAAAUGGUCACCACGAAUGCGCGAACAGAUAGAGAAAGUAUAUGGUGUGAGGGAAUUCCCGAAAUUGUGGUCUGCUUGGGUCGAUGCUGUAGUUGCAAUUUAUAAAGAGCGUAAAGGAGACUUUUGUUGCACUGAAGUAACACAAAUAAAAGCGCCAACUUUUAUAUUACAUGGAAAGAAGGAUCUAAUGAUUGCUGCCGAACACAUACCAUAUUUAAGGGAACGUAUAAACAAUUGCCAAUAUUAUGAGUUCCCCGAGGGCAAACAUAAUGUUCAUCUACGUUACGCAGACAAGUUCAAUAAAGUGGUAGCCGACUUCUUGUCACAGUCCUAAGUGGUAGUUAAACAUCUUAUACAAGUUAUUCGAAUAUCCUAUAAUUUUAAAUUUGUACCUCCGCUGACUUAUUGUGAACUGAACGAAUUUGAUUGCGGUGAGGGAUCUUCAACAAAUAAUGAUAUUUUAAACAUUAUUUAGUUUUUAAGUGAAAGGUGAAACAUUUUAUGUCAACAUAUUUUUUAUUGUUUGUUUAUUUUAUAUAUUUAAUCACUUGCAUAUAAAAUAUAAUAAAGUGGGUAUAUUUAUAUUUA